AUGAGGAAUGUUGGAAAAUGGCAAGGAAUCACGAGAAUACACGAAACUGUACUGAAGCCAAAGAGAGCACGAUCAAACAAGAGAACCAAACUGUCCCAUACUCCCGUGUCUGAGCCCAUUGACACAACUCAAACUCCCACACCUGAGUCAAAUGGUGAGAACGGUGCACCCGUGCAAGAGAGCAUGGGAGCCCAUUCGAUCGACCGGAACGGCCAAGAUAGGCUAGGUCAACCCGAGCGGAACGGCCAAGAUAGGCUAGCUCACGACCGGAACGGCCGAGAUAGGCUAGGUCAACCCGAGCGGAACGGCCGAGAUAGGCUAGCUCACGACCGGAACGGCCAAGAUAGGCUAGGUCAACCCGAGCGGAACGGCCGAGAUAGGCUAGCUCACGACCGGAACGGCCAAGAUAGGCUAGGUCAACCCGAGCGGAACGGCCAAGAUAGGCUAGCUCACGACCGGAACGGGGAAGACCCCAUGCAUACUCAGCAAGAGAAUGAGCAAUUGAUUCAGAGGGAGACUCCAGCGUCUUCACAAAGGGAGACCCAAUCCGAUCCUCAGAGGGAGACACAAUUGUUUUCUCAGAGGGAGGAUGGAUCCGCCUCUCAGAGGGAGACAGAAAGAGUGAGUUUCCAACAUCCGGCGCUGCAGGGAACAGUAAACUCCCAAACACAAGCAAUUCAAGCCCUGAAAGCACACAAAUCCUCCUCACAGAAACGAAAACGAGGACGAGAGGAGAUGGAAGAAACUGAAACUGCGACGUCCCUUGAGGAACAUCGCCGCGAAAUGCAAUUGACGAUCCGAUGUUAUAAAACUGAGAUCGCCAGAGAGGUUCAUGCAGAAGAGCUGGUCGAGCAAUGCAUGACUUCAAAUCCGUUUGCAUUCGCAGCGACGCUUGCAGAUGAAGACACUAUGUAUCUGAAUCAGGCAAAGAAAGAACCUGACUGGGUACAGUUUCACGAAGCAAUGGUCAAAGAAAUACAAGACCACACUGAGGGGAAACACUGGGAAGUCGUUCCAAGAAGUUCCAUGCCAGAAGGCCACCGUGCCAUGCGUGGAGUAUGGUCCAUGAAGCGAAAGCGGAGAGUGGGAACCGGAGAAGUCUACAAAUGA